AUGCAACGCCAACCACUCACCCUGAACCUGGACAGUCUCCCCUCGCCGCGACCGACCACGCGCGAAGGCGACAUUUCCGCGACCAUCAGCGCCCUUCCUCAACCCGCCGCCAAGGACAAGGAUCGCAAGUCGUCCUUCUCCCGAAAAGCAACGUCCUUUACCAAUGCUGCCCGCCGGCGCGGCAGCUCCAACACCACCGACGCCUCCUCCGCCUCCGCGCCCUUUAUCACCGACGCCACAGCGCCUCCAGCGCUCCCCGACUACGCGCUCCCCAACGCAGCCAAGCUCACGCCACGCGCCGAGAUUGAGGACCCCUUUCGAAGCGCGGCCUCACCGCCAGACCCCGUCAAGAUGCUCUCCAGGACAGCGACAGGUGCCAGCAUGCCCCCUCCCCCGACCCCCAUCGGUGGCGGCGGCGGGUUCUGGCAGGGGAGUGAAGGGACCAGCGCCGGGUACAAGCACAUGCAAGACACGAUUCGAAAACGAAUGGCGACAAUGGACUACCUGCGGAAAGCGCACGCCGGGCGGUGCUACUGGUUCAACGCAUAUCUCAUGGACAAGUCGGAUCUGCACCGUGCGUUUGACCAGCGCAAGCUGGCGAGGCGAGCGACGAAUUACCUGCUGCUAGGCCUCUCGCUGCCGGUGCUGGCCGACCUGUACUCGAGCAGCCCUGUCGAGUUCCUGAGGGCGUUUACGGGGCUGCUUAACGAAUUCGAAUCCUUUCAGCAGCUGCGAAAUGAUUCCUCUGCGUCCGCCAUCUCGCGCGCCAGGCUGCCCACUAUGUUUCGUCGGCCAGGCGGGAAAUCGCGACGCUCGACAUCGGCGGCAGAGGAGGAUUCGUCAUCGUACCCCUUGAGCUCGGGCAGCCUCCCCUCUGCGCCCGCGCCGAGCGUCAUGAACUUUGCGGCGUCCGAAUCCGACCUGCUGCCCGGCGAGGAGUACACGUAUCUGCUGACGCCGUCGCUCCCCUUUGAGCCUGAUUACUUUGAGACGUUUGCCACGCUGUGCGAUGCGCUGAGCGACGUGUACAACAGAAUACUCAUGCUGGUGCCCACCACGAGCGGGUGUACGCCGGUCGUCAUGGAGCAGUUUGCAAAGGCGGACACGCGGGUGCGGAAGAUUCUAGUGGCGGGCGUUGUGAAGGAGUUUGAGGAGAGUAGCCGGGCCAAUAUCAAGGCCGAGGUUGCGAGUGUUGGCAAAGUGGUCCUGGGAGGCUUGAUGUAA